GGCACAAUCUACUUCGCCGCACAUCCAGCCGACACCCUCCUCUACCAGAACCCUGACCUCUUCCACGAUCUCUACGUCUACAAAUGCGUCACCACCGUUAUAUUCACGUCCGGCGACCGCGGCAUCGUGGGCAAUAUGUCUCGCACUCUUGAACACGGCCUCGAAGCUGCAUACUCAUGGACGAACGGCCUCGCUAUAGACAAUCAGACAUGGUCGGCCAACACAGUCCAGAUCGGUCGUAACAAUGUGACGGUCAGCAGACCUCAAGAUGUAUACAACGUGCAGAUUAUUUAUUUGCGGCUGCCGGGUGGUGGACCUGUUGGCUCCGGAUAUGCGCGCAACAAGGGCGAGUCGCUGAGGAAGCUGUACACUGGCGAUAUCAAGGCGGUCACCACUACGGACGGGAGGGCGACGUACACGCUCAAGUGCCUCCAGGAUUUCCUCGCGGCCAUUCUGAUCGAGAGCGGCGCCACAGACGUCCGCGUGCUGGACUACAAGACCGGCAUCCCAGAUGAGGAGGAUGAGAGGGAAGAUCACGCAGACCAUGUCGUGAGUGCCCGACUCGUCGUAGACGUUAUGAAGCACAUGAACAGCACAGCGAAGCUUCGGGGGUACGCUGCCAGCUUUGCACGCAGAUUCGAUGCGAACCUCAAUGAGACAGGUCUCGAUUUCAAGAGGAAGGUUGCCGCGUUCCUCACUUACGCCGAGCACGAUGCGCACAUGGUAUGCUGUUUCUCAAAGUUACCAGUGUGA